CUCCGGUAAGUCCGGAUGAAGGACGCGUGUACGCGGCUGUAAAUAACUCAAAUAUCCGGAAGUGCUGUGCGCGUGUCCGACCUCCAGUCUGCUGCCUAUCCAUGGAUUAUGUCAGGCUGUCGCCGCUGCUGGUUCUGGUUCUGGUUCCCCUCUGGUACCACACCGGAGCCGCGGGGCUCCACGUGAGAGGAGAGCAGAAGCGGAACUGUUCCGCAGUGAAGCUGGAUCUCUCCGCGGUGAUCCACCGGGUGGACCCGCGGUUCCUAUCCGUCACCAUCGAUGCUUCCCUGGCUUCAGAGGAGAAGUUCAUGUCGCUGUUAGGCUCUGCAAAGAUCAGGACGCUGGCGAAAGCAUUAACACCAUCUUUUCUGAGAUUUGGGGGGACGAGACAAGACUUCAUGGUGUUCACCCCCCACAGGUUUCACCGGGACGCUGCAGGUUUCACUGCCGAUGGAUCCUGUGAUGAUCUGGAGCUUCCCUCGUGGCUGGAGGACCAGCUGAAGAAGGACUGGACCCAACAGCAAGCCGUCCUGAUGAGAGAAGAUCUGCACAGAAAGUACCGACGGGUCAAGUUCACAGAGGAAACGGUGGACCUGCUGCACUCGUUCUCCAGCUGCUCGGGGAUGGAUCUGAUCUUCGGGCUCAACGCUCUGCUCCGAAACGCCGACAACAGCUGGAACAGCAGCAACGCCCGCUCGCUACUGCAGUACUGCGAGUCCAGAGGCUACCGGAUCAACUGGGAGCUCGGCAACGAACCCAACAGCUAUGAGAAGAAGGCCGGGAUUCGAGUGGAUGGACAUCAGCUGGGAAAGGAUUUCACCCGUCUCAGAGAGAUGAUGUCACAAUCCAAACUCUACCACGGCGCCGGACUGUUCGGGCCGGACGUGGGCCAGCCUCGCGACCGCCGGACGGACCUGCUGGAGGGGUUUCUGCAGAGCGGAGCCGAGGCCGUGGACGCCUGCACCUGGCACCAUUACUACGUGAACGGCAGAGACACGUCCCUGGAGGAUUUUCUGGAUCCUGAGAUCCUGGACACUCUGGCCCUGAAGACUAAAGAAGUCCUGCAGAAAGUAAAGCUGGUGUCUCCGGAGAAGCCGGUGUGGCUCGGUGAGACGAGCUCGGCGUACGGCGGAGGAGCUGUCGGACUGUCGGACACGUUCGUCGCAGGAUUCAUGUGGUUGGAUAAGCUGGGCCUUGCAGCCACUCUGGGCCUGGAUGUUGUGAUGCGGCAGGUGUUCAUUGGCUCUGGGAGUUAUCACCUGGUGGACGACAACCUGGAUCCUCUCCCCGAUUAUUGGCUGUCUGUUCUCUAUAAGAGACUCGUUGGUCCGGAGGUUUUGAAAGUUGAGUUCUCCAGCUUCACUCACAAUAAAACUGUGAGGCUCUAUCUGCACUGCACCAACAAACACAGGUACCGGCGUGGAGCAGUGACGCUAAUUUCUCUGAACCUCGGAGAGACAGCGGCCAGCGUCUGUCUCCCGCCGCUCGCCGCCUCCCGCACGCCGGACGCCUUCAUCCUGCAGUCAGCGGGGGAGGGGGGGCUCUACUCCAGGUCUGUGCAGCUGAAUGGCGUGGUGUUGAAGAUGGAGGACGAUCAGACUCUGCCCCCCCUCACGGGGCUUCUCCUCCGUCCGUCAGAGCGUCUGCAGCUUCCUGCCUUCUCGCUCGCCUUCUUCGUGCUCACGGACGCCCAGGCCACCGCCUGUCUCUGACACGCCACGCUCAAACACACACACACACACACACACACACACACAGACACACACACA